GGCUGACGACGCGCAAUGAUGAUCGUGACGCCGACUCUGACUACGCAUAAUCUCUUGACUCCGAACGGACCGAUUUGGACUCAGUGGAUGGAAUGCAAGAACUGCGAGCUAAGGCAGCGCCAUUUCAUCUGCACAAAAUGCAUCCACGGACAUACCCGCGAUCUGCGGCUCAAGACUGAGCAUUUCACAUUGGAGCGCGACGAACAGCUUGCGAAGGCGAACAAAGCCCUCGGCAUGGUUGAAAGCGGAAGGACGAGACGGGCUGGGGUAGCGCAGCUACAGUCGAGAGUGGAAGAGAUCACGGCUGCGCUGUCUAGACUGAGGAAGGACAACGACAAGAAGCGCGACCGCCUGCGUACCCUGCGCGAAUCACUCGCUGCGCGGCGAAGGACAUUAGGUGCCGCGAGCACUCUCGUCUCAUCACUCUCGAGCAGCGGCGUGCCGUCCAACGUGACCAUCACCGCUCCGACACUCAUUGGUCCUCUCACUGCUCUUGCGAACCUUUCGGCCCACAUCUCUCGAGCACGUGCUGGCCUAGUGCAAGAGCUCGUUGACGUCUUCAACGUCGUGGAAGUCGGGGGUCGCCCACCGAUCGGAGGCAAGUCAGGCUCACAGGGAGAAUGGACGAUCGGGGACCUCAUCCUUCCUGUGCCCGGCGACAUCCGGCGCUACCCACCUCAGCACAUCAACGCAGUAAUCUGUCAUACCGUACAAUUCCUUGGUCUGCUCAGCCUCUAUCUCGGUGUGAAGCUCCCGUUCGACGUGCAGUGGGAGGGCGGCAAAUUGGGUGUGGGUGUGCCCUGGAUCGGACCUGGACUGGGCGGAUGGGGUCGAUGGACAGCAAGACAUCCACUGCAUCUCAGUUUGGAAGGUGGGGGGCCAGCGACGCCCGCACAUCUCAUGGUGGAGAGGAACGCGGCGGAUUUGGCGAUGUCUGUGUCCGAAUCCAUGUCGGAAUCACAGCUUGCGUCUUCAACUGCGACGAUCAAACCUAUCAAACCCUCGGCAGACACAGAGAACACACCCCAAUUUACCACUGCGCUCGCCAUGCUUCUCUACAACGUCUUGUUUCUGGCACACAGUCAGGGUCUGACAGUUCCCCUUGCCCACGCGGGGGACGCCUUGAGCACUCUGUGGGCUGUGUGCUGUGCACCGGAACUGGGGAGACGUGCGCACGCGACAGUGACCGCCAUCGCGCCUGUGUCACCCAGCACACCGAGUCUAGGACACAUCCCCAUCCCAGGCGCAUUCCCCGUUGCGCCGGCACUGCCACCGCCUCCCAUAAUGUUCCCCCCUCCAGCCGGCAACGCCAUGUCUCGACUGCCAGCGCCCAGCCCAGCUUUGUUUCCGGUGGACUUCGCGCAUGUUCUCCAGGCGGCGGCGACCGGGGCUGGCCGCCGAGGCUUUGCUGUCACUGGCGGCGUCGGCCGCCAGGUGACCGUUUCGGGAUCUUCCAGUUCAAGAGGCCAUGAGAGGGAGAGGAACCAAGAGCGCAGGGCGAAAAAGAAGGAGCGGGAUCGAGUCGAGGUCGAAGACGGCUGGGAUCUGGUCAGUGAAGAUGGGUAUUGACUGUAUUUUAGCUGCUCCAUGUAUUAUCCAUGUACUCAUUUAGUAGGUAUACAAUGUUAAAAUAACGAUACAUCAAGGACCAUAGUCGUCCAAAACAAAUGGGGUCACCAGCUCGUAAGUCUCCUCAUUUCCACCUCGAUUCCCUUUCUUCUCCUUCCGUCCUGGGAUAACCUUCCUCAAGAACCGCAUCCGACUCUUUUCUUCUUCGACCUUGGGCUCUCCUCCAGCACAUAGCUCCACCAUCCGCGCCAGCUUGCGCAUGCUACUGCUGCUGUCAUUCAGGUACCUCCGUGAUUCCUCCAAAGCAGCUUGUAGAUAAAUCAUCAGAUCCGGAAACGAGACCGGCAGUGCCGGGUACGGUACGGAGGAAGUCGCCGGGACCGUAUAUGUCUUGGAGAGCGUCGUGUCGGAACUGUCACGCAGCAAGGCCGGCAGCGUCGACAGCGUGUAAGACCACGGGAGAACAUCCGGGUCGUUGGUCGUGAAUCUCUUGGCCCCAGGCAUCGAGGCAGGCACUGGAUGGUCAAUUGUGAACCACAGAACAGUCCGCCAAUCCUGCGUAGUGAGAUGAGGCUGGAAAAAUAUCAGCCAUUCGUCUGAGCCGAAUGGAGAUUAAAGCACCCGAACGAAUUGCACUACUGUACGCAGAUGGAGCUGUGCGGACCGGGAUGUAGUGAAUGCCUCGACAUUCGGCUCGAUCCUCGUCCCGCUUAGCCGUGCCAUCAAUCGCAUGAGAUGCCUCCAAUUGGGCGCCUGGAGAUGGAGGGGCGGACAGCGUCCAUAGGGCAGAGAUAUAAUGUUCGGUAUAGAACCUGACAUUGGGACCAAUACCGGCGUGAUGGACGGCGGCCCGAAUGCAAGUGCUGGCAUUAUCAGUCUGAGAAGCGGAGAGGGACGAAGAAACUCACAGACACCCAGCAACAAUUCCGCAUCAAUGUAGUGGUUAGUACCCGUAAGCCGUGAGUCACUGUCCUCGCUACCAAUAGACACAAAAGAUUGGCGCCCAAAAUUGCUGGCGCUGGCAGGUCGCACGCUGUCUGUCGCGAAACGGGUGAAAGUGCAGGUGCAUCGAGUAUGCUAUCUGACUGGGAUCUUCCAACGACGGGUGACGGAAUCAAAUCCGGGGGCUCAAGCGCGCUGCUCUCCGACGGCUGAGAGCGCAGAUCCGCUUCCUCCUCGAGCGCGAUCUGGCGCGCAAGUUCGCGGUCAUCGGGAUUCAUUGCGGCCCCCAUUCCGGCUGCAUUUUCACUGCUAUCCUCCUCCUCCGCCAACAUCCUCGCAAAUGCCGCGUCGUCCAUAUACACCACCCCGGCUUGCGGCGUGAUAGGUGCUGACGAGCUCGGCCCGGCUGCGCUGAUGGCCGUUUCCUGGCCCGAGCGUGAGUCCGGCGUAAAGGAGUUAAGCUUGGGCGUCGGAUGCCAGUAUGUGUGCGACGGGGCGCGCCAGAGGUCAUGGCCAUCGACUCUUCUAUCGCGCGCGCGAUAUCGGCUUCCUCUUGGCUCAACAUCUGCUCUCGCAUGGCAGUCUCCGCCUGCGACAGCGCCAUGGCCGCAGCCAGCUCGGCUAGCUCGGCCGCGUCGUCCACGUCGUCGUGCGCCAGCAGAGGUGACGUAGGAGACAGUGGGGGCGGCAAUGGAGGGGGAGGCGUCGAGGUUCUUGGCUGGGAGCCGCUCGGCCGUGUUGACGGUGCGUCAAGGUGGUGCUCGUAGUCAGUCUCAUCCCACAUCGAUUUCGACGGUUUGGGUGGUAGUGACGGUGGUCUCUCCACAUCACUGGCUCCAUGCUGAGGUGGGACAGGCGGCGGCACGGUCUUCACCCGUCUCAGACUCGACUGGAAGUUCUCCGGAGAGGGCGCUCGAGAAGGUAUAGGGGCUGUCGGUAGAGGGGGCGGGGAGAUACUUGGCGGGGACGACGUCAUAGGCAUCGCUGUCGAUGCAGCGCUCUCAUCAGUCGGCAUUUCGAGCGGGUUCAUACACAGCGCAUCCGGUGCGUGCGAGGCGAGGAGGAGGAGUGACGGUGUGAAGGUGGGGAUCGAAGUAGCAGUAGAUGUAUACGCACGGGCGCGUCGAUCGGGUGAUUCGCGAGGAUCUGGAUGAUGAGUAUCCCAAGAGGCUGACAGAAAAAUGUGUGAGUGCACGCUCGGGUGCUGACGACGGAAGAGGCUGGCUCACUGCCCACCCGUGAAGGUUCCAUC